AUGAUGGCCCUGACGGGAGCAGCAUCAGCUUGCGCUCUACGACUUAGAGGAGUGCGAGGGAAGCAGAUGGCGCUGAGAGCGAGGGGCGGAGACCAAGACUAUUAUGAGGUGCUGGGUGUGAACAGGAGCUGUUCGGAGAGGGACCUCAAGACUGCCUUCCGCAAGCUUGCGCGACAGUGGCACCCUGAUGUGAACAAGGAGCCUGGUGCGCAGGAGAAGUUUCAGUCAAUAGCGAAAGCCUAUGAGGUCUUGUCUGACCCGCAGAAGAGGCAGAUGUACGACCAGUUCGGAGAAGCAGGCGUCAGUGGCAUGGGCGGAGCCGGUGGAAUGGGCGGCAUGGGCGGCAUGGGUCUUGAGGAGCUCUUGAGCCAGAUGUUCGGUGGCAUGGGCGGCAUGGGUGGCAUGGGAGGCAUGGGUGGCAUGGGAGGCCGACGCCAGCGACAGUCAGGACCGCAGAAAGGCGCAGAUCUGCAGCUGGAAGUCACAAUCCCGUUCUUGACCGCUUGCUUUGGCGGAGAGCAGAAAGUGGACAUCAGACGUGAAGAGGUGUGCUCCACCUGCAGUGGUACUGGCACCAAGCCGGGUGUAGGAGAGACGAAAUGCCGUCAAUGUAAUGGAAGCGGCUCUGUGCUGCAGGUGAUGCAGACUCCCUUUGGUGUCAUGCAGACACAGCAGGUAUGCCCUGCAUGCGGUGGCUCUGGUGUGGAUCCUUCCGUUGUGUGCAACUCGUGCGGGGGCAAGGGCACAACGCCAACCAGGCAAGAAGUGACAGUCAAGGUGCCUGCCGGUUGCAACACUGGUAACCAGCUCCGUCUUAGAGGUGAAGGUGACAAAGGAUCCAAGAAGGGUCCCCCUGGAGAUCUCUAUAUCGGUGUGAAAGUGGAGAACUCAGUCGAUUUUCAGCGUGAAGACUUUGACAUCUACACUGAGAGCACUGUGAGCGUGUUCGACGCAAUCCUGGGAACAUCCAUCAAGGUCAAGACCAUUGAUGGGGAUGCAGAGAUCAAAGUGCCGAAAGGCACGCAGCCUGAAACACGUCUCCGAAUCAGAGGCCGAGGUGUUCCAAAGCUCGGCAAGCCUCAGGAGCGCGGUGAUCAUUACAUCACCGUGAAGGUGAACAUCCCACGGGAUUUGUCGGCAUCUGAUGAGGAGAAGCUGAUGGAGCUACGGAAUAGCUCAAAUUAG